GUAUUGAUAAAUUUAAAACAACGCAAAUAAAUUAAAAAAAAAAUUCUUUAUUUUGAUAGAUUCACUAAUAUUAUAACAGUUGGAAUUAAAUUUGGAUAUUUAGUUUCUAUAAUUCCGUAAAAAAACUGACUAUUUAUGACAUAACGUACAAUGUUUUUCAAAAUAAAACAGAAGAUAUCUAAAAGUACGGUUAUGUAGCUCAGCACCUGAAUAGACAUGGAAUAACCGAAUAACCUUAAACGUCGACUUUUUAUUAGUUGACGUAAGCACAAUCUCAAAUCUUAUCAAUUGCACAAAUUCAAAUUACUGAUAACAAUGCUCAAUUUAUUAUCAAAGUCGAGUUAUAUAUUCGUGCUUUUCUACUAUGCCGUCAUUCCGCUCGGUUAUUUAACGAAGUGGUGGGUUACGGUUGAAAAAAUGAAGGGUAACAGCACAAUUUUGGUGACUGGGGGUGCCGGCUACGUAGGAUCUCACACAGUAGUGGAAUUAUUAAAAAAUAAUUAUACCGUUAUAGCAUUAGAUAAUUUAGUUAACUGCUAUGCUGUUGGAUCUGAAAAACCGGAAGCUUUGAAACGGGUUGAAAAAAUAACAGGGGAAACUGUUACAUUUUACAAUGUAGAUAUCAGAGACAGAGAAGCUUUGGAUAAAAUUUUUAAGGCUCAUAGAAUUGACGCGGUGAUACAUUUUGCUGCUUUAAAGGCAGUCGGCGAAUCAGUUUCCAUCCCUUUGAAAUAUUAUCAAAACAAUAUCGCAGGGUCUGCUACCCUUUUUGAGGUUAUGGCAUGUAAUGGUGUAAAAAAAGUUGUUUUUUCAUCAUCUGCUACUGUAUAUGGUAAUCCCCAAUUCUUGCCUAUCACCGAAAACCAUCCUACUGGACAGGGGUGCACCAAUCCAUAUGGAAAAUCUAAAUAUUUUGUCGAGGAAAUUUUAAAAGAUGUCUGUACAUCCGAUCCGGAAUGGAAAGUGAUUCUAUUGAGAUAUUUCAAUCCGGUUGGUGCUCACGAAUCCGGACUUAUUGGUGAAGACCCUUCCGGAAUCCCAAACAACCUUAUGCCGUAUAUUUCUCAGGUAGCAGUAGGUCGUCGAGACAAACUCCAAGUAUUCGGAAACGAUUAUCCUACGCCGGAUGGAACCGGCGUCCGAGAUUAUAUCCACAUAACCGACCUCGCCAUCGGCCAUUUAAAGGCCUUAGAAAGAAUAUUUUCGUCGUGUUUCAAUUCGUGGAAAGCUUACAAUCUCGGUACCGGUCGGGGAUAUUCGGUACUCGAAAUGGUAAAAGCCUUUUCGGAAGCUUCCGGUAAACAGAUUAAUUACGAAAUAGUCAAAAGACGUGAAGGGGAUGUGGCUUCGUGUUACGCCGACGCUACGUUGGCCAAAAUCGAAUUGAAUUGGCAAGCUACUAGGGACGUUAAAGCCAUGUGUAAGGAUACGUGGAAUUGGCAAAAAAAGAAUCCCAAAGGUUUCCAAACUACUUAUUGAAACACUUCCUCAUCAUGCAUAUUAAGUAUUAUCUUCUUAGUGACGUUAUUUAAGGGUCGUCCGAUCAAGAUUUAUCGCUUUUUGAACAAAACUCUGAAGAUUUAUGAGUAUUUUGUCAUUUUAUUGGAUUACCGUUGCUCAGACAAGACUUAUUUGGCUUGUUUUGUAUCAAACUAUCACUUCUAUCACUGAUUAAGUCUUAUCUAGUUCGGACUCUUCAUAGUUCUGUCAAAUUUAACACCUUGAUUGUUUUUCAACCCUAAUUCGACUUACAACUGCAAUAAAUUUGUAGUACAGUUGUUUCUUAUAAUUAUAACGAAAGUUCUUUACAAUAUUUUCCUUGCCGAUAUAUUUAAAGUCUAAACAAAUACAUGUCUUUAUUAACAUUUAUAUAAAUAACACUAUUUCCAGUUAUUUAUCGCAGUUAUAUUUUCUUUGGGUAAUAUUUCGUAUCAAAUUCCUUGAGGAACAUAGAAACCAACAACAAACACUGCAAAACCCAUUUUUUAAAAAAGAUUUGAUGUAUCCGAAUAUAUUGUUUCUCUAUAAUGCAGUAACUGCUUGUCAUAUGUCAUUUUAGGUCUCCAGGUAUAUAAAUUAAAGCCUAUUGAGUUUCCGGUGGCUGUUUUGUUUCAUUAGGAACCUCGAGAUGCAACUGAAUGCUCUGGAGCAAGUAUAAAUGUCAUUUUAGGUUUCUAAGCAUCUAAUCAGAAGUUCCCAAACGUUUUAUCUUCUUCCUCGUGGACCCCUGGGGGUGCACCUGGUCCAUUUUUGGAAUCACUGAUCUAAAUUGAAGCCUUGAGAGCUUUUGGUGGCCGUUUUGUUUCAAUCGAAAUAUCUGGAUGUACCUGUAUGAACUGCAAUAAGUAUUUAUGUCAUUUUAGGUCUCCAGGUAUAUAAAUUAAAGCCUUGAGAGUUUACGGUGGCUGUUUUGUUUCAUUAGGAACCUCGAGAUGCAACUGAAUGCUCUGGAGCAAGUAUAAAUGUCAUUUUAGGUUUCUAAGCAUCUAAUCAGAAGUUCCCAAACGUUUUAUCUUCUUCCUCGUGGACCCCUGGGGGUGCACCUGGUCCAUUUUUGGAAUCACUGAUCUAAAUUGAAGCCUUGAGAGCUUUUGGUGGCCGUUUUGUUUCAAUCGAAAUAUCUGGAUGUACCUGUAUGAACUGCAAUAAGUAUUUAUGUCAUUUUAGGUCUCCAGGUAUAUAAAUUAAAGCCUUGAGAGUUUACGGUGGCUGUUUUGUUUCAUUAGGAACCUCGAGAUGCAACUGAAUGCUCUGGAACAGGUAAAAAUGUCAUUUUAGGUCCCCAAAGGUUCCCAAACGUUUUUUCUUCUUCGUGGACCCCUGGGAGUGCACCUGGUCCAUUUUGGGAAUCACUGUUCUAAAUUGAAGCCUUGAGAGCUUGUGGUGGUGAAAGAAAUGAGUGAUAUCGAACAAAUUAGAAUGAAUUUGUAUUCCUACUUUAUGUAUCGAUUGAUUUCUCUUUGUGUCUUAAAACUAUGUAACUGAUCACUGUUAGUUUUGCAUAUUUCUUCGUCUAUUAUUAUUUUUUUAAUCACUUUUGCAAUAGAAAUUACUAUAUGAGACUUUAGAAUAUGUUAUCGUUCAAGUUUUAUAAAUUUUUUAUUUUUUCAUACUGCAUUAGAGAUGAAAUUUGAUCAUGGGUCUUUUAAACAUUUCCGAAGGUUCUUUCGAGUGAUGUCCAUUCAUAAGCAGUGGUUUUUGCGGGCUAUAAUUACCACUGUUGCAGUCAUUGAACCAGUGCUUUGAAAGUAUUUGAUUAUUUAUAUUAUUUAUUCUUGUAUGUAUAUAAUUAUUAUGCUUUUAACUUAUUAUUACUCGGAGGUUUUUCCUAUUUUGUAUACCUACUUCAGAGCGAUUGAAUAAUUAUUUUGAAUCAUUUUGAAGCAUGGAGAAAACUUCGACUAAGGAUCAAUACAAGUGUUGAACACUGUAAAUAAAAUGUCUAGUGAAAUAUAGAUAUUUUUGUAUGAAAAA